AUGAUUAAGAGUGCUUCUCUUGGAGAUGAAAAGGAAGAGAUUUAGCGUUAAAAUAGUUUGUCAUAAAUUAUUCAUUAGCAAGCUGCAUAUAACAAUAAUAAUUAAAACAUGAAUGGAUCUAAAACAUCCAAUAAUCAAGCGAAAAUUAAUACUCAUUCUAGAGUUGGAUCUAGAAAUUUAUUAUUAGAUAACGAUAGUUCGAAGGAUACACUCCAUCUCUAGCCUGUUUCUUUAAUACCAACAGCAUCUUAGUCCUAAUACAUAUCUUCUAAGCAUUUUGAAGGAGAAGAAAUGUAAUAGAUUAUUUAACAGAAUAAUAUAGGCGCUAGAGAGGGAGCAGAAGUCAGAAGUAGGCUUUUUUUAGAAAACAAAGAUAUUUUUCUGCCAAAGCAAGACUUUUCACAAGACGAUAUUCCAGCUUUCAACGAAGGUGAUAACUCUCUUAGACAAAAGCUGACUCCUAAAAGAAACUCUCUUGUGGAAGGGAAUUCUCCAAUAAGAUAUAAUAACAACAACAAUAAAGAAUUUUAAAAUGAUAUAAAAACUAGACAACAUCAUAUAAACUCAUUAUCAGUCACAAAACCAGGUUCAGCCUUAGCUGCAAAUACUGCUGUGACUCGACAUUAGAAAGAAUCAACAAAUAACUUAGUGCCAUCUAUAAAUCAUAUUAGCAACAACAAUAAUAAUCUAUUCUCAAACAUGAGCCACACAAGUAACUUGAUUAAUAAUGUAGGCAGCACAUUUGGUGUGCCUGCUUCGUCAAAGAAGAUAUAAAGUUAAUUAGCUUCAGCAUAAAAGAUUCCAGCUCCUUCUCAAACAUUUAUUCCAUUUACAGGAAAUAUUUUAAAGUCGUUUAUGUACAUCAAUCACUUUGCUUGGGCUAUGAAAAAAAUACUCAUAUUUUUGCGCCCUAAAACUUUAAACAAAUUGUAAAUCGACUGCAUAAACGAUAAAGGUGCUUGUGAUUAUAACGAUUUUUGUGAUAAAGAUAAUAUUAGAUAAAGUAAAGAACUAAAACAUGCCACUCGUUUAUGGAUAACAAAAAGAACAAUAUGCUAUCAUUUUGUUAGGGAUCUAAAAAAAAAGUUUAAGUUUGUUUAUAUAGUAUUUUACAAAAUGGGUCUUAAACUUUAAAAUUUUUAAAAUACAAUUGAUAAAAAGCUACCUUAUUUUAAUCCGAUUAGCUUAAUAUGGAGAUUAUGGGAUUUUUUUAUUUUACUAAUAACACUCUUAAAUUUUGUAUUUAUUCCACUUGAUUACAGCUUCGGAAUAGGGACUGAUUUGCCUAUAAAGCUAAUAUGCGCUAUUAUUUUCUUUUUGGAUAUAUUUAAGCUCUUCAACACAGCCUUUUUUGAUAAAGGCAUUUUGAUUACGAGCAAAUAAGUUAUAUUCUUAAAAUACCUUAAAAGCACAUUUAUAUUUGAUCUAAUCACAGCUCUUAGCUUGAUAGUUGAGCCCUUUUAAUAUACAUCAUUAAUCUUUUUUAUAAGGUAUUUUUAUAUUGAUUCUCUCUCCGAAAAGGUCAGAGAAGUCCUAACUAAUUAUCAACAAAUUAAUGGGCUUUCAAAUCUUGCAAUACUUUUUCUCACGAUUAUCUAUCAUUGCCAUCUAAUAAGCUGCAUAUGGUUUUAAAUAGGCAAAGAUUAGCAAUCAAAUGGGGAUUAAGGAUGGCUGAGCAGAUAUAACUUAAUAGGCCAAUCAAAAGAUGUGCAGUACCUAAAUUCUUAUUAUUUUUCUGUCAUUACUUUGACAAAUGCAAAAGGAGAUAUCCUACCUUCUACCAGUAGAGAAAAGAUAUUUCUUGUAUUCUGUUCACUCUAUGCUUGUGGUUUAAUUGCUUAUAUCAUAAAUAACUCUAGCAAAAUUUUUAAUUAAAUCAAUAAGAAAAAGACAAAAUUGCUAAACCAACUCUCAAGUCUAAAUUAAUAUCUUGAUCAGCAUGAGGUUUCUCCUUCAUUGAGAAUAUAAGCUCAAAAGUACAUAGAAUACGUGAAUAACGAGGGAAUGCAACAAAAAUAAGACUCUAUUUAAAGCUUAAACUACUUAAGCAAGUACCUACAAGAAGAGAUCGUUAAAGAUGUUUUCAUAAAGCAGUUCAAAAAAAUUCCCGUACUCAAUAAACACUUUGGUAAUACAAGUUUACUAGAAAAGCUAUCUACAAAGGUUAAAGAAUAAGUUUUUGGACCAGGAGAGCUUAUAGUUAGAUCAAAUAGACCGAUCAUGCCUUGUCUUUAUUUCAUUGUUUAAGGAGAAGUUGAGGUUUAUGUUUAAAUUGGUUCAUAAUAAACAAACAAAUCUUAAAUAAAUGUUUUUAAAGUUUUGAAAAAAAAUGAAUACUUUGGUCAGGUUGAAUUCUUUUCUUAAGAUUAUACUACUAGUUUAUCGGUAAAAGCUAAAGGAUUUACUCAGAUUUAAUACAUAACUUUGUAUGACUUUUUAGAAAUUAUUUAAAGCUUUCCUGAUGAAAAAGAAGCUUUUUGUUAUUUAAAAGAUUGUGUUACUUUAAAUAAUUAAUAUGAAACAAUUGGAAUAUCAUGUUUCUCUUGUUAAUCAUCCAACCAUGUUGUCAUGAAAUGCCCUUACUUAUUUUACCAUUAAUCAAAAGAUAGAAUUAUUAAAAAGCUAGAGCAAUCUAUCUAAUACCAAAUUAAAUCGUUCAGAAGAUGCAUCAAGAGAAAAAAAGAAUAAACGCUAGGCAUUAAAAAAAUAGUUGAAGAUAAGGCUUAUCUGUUUUCUCAAAAUUAUGAAGAUUUGAUUAACACUUCAGUUUAUGAAGAAUAUCAAGAUGAAGUUGAUUCAGAUCAGAAGUCUUAUUUCAAACAGUAAACUUGUCCCCAGUUUGAGAAAGAGGAAAGAUCAACAUAUACUCGUAAAACUUCAAAGAAGUAGUCCUUGAAGCAGACUUCAACAGUUGAAGAAUUACCCAAUUACAUUAGAAAAAACAGCUAAAAGAAGACAUCCUUGAAAAUGCUGAAUCCAAAUAGCUUGGAAGAAAUACAUGAAAAAUCAUAAAUUUCAAGAAUUUCACAGUUUUCUAAUACUAAAAAUAUGAGAGGAGAAUCUUUAAUCAGUGAUGAGAAGAAAUACAUGUAGCAAACAGCACAAGGAUCUGUAAUUGAUCAAGAUUAAAGCAUUAUUCAAAACAGAAAAAGAACACAUUCUAAUUUAAGUUAAAUCCUUGGCUCACGUAAGAGUCCCUUCCCAUCUGAACGAGACAUGAACAGAUCGUAUUCAGGAUCAUUAAUUUCUUCUCUUAAACUAAGCGAAGCUGACAAGAAAAUAAUUGUUAUUGAAGAAAGAAAUGGCAUUGAUGGAUCAAAGAUCCAAUAAAUACCUGGUGCACCUAAUCUUUUUGUUAUCAAAGUCAAUGAAGGUGAUGAAUAUUCCCUAAUUAAUCACAGAGCCUACAGCAAUAUGAAUAACGUAACUUCACUCAAUACAUUUGAUCCAUCAGAAUACUAAAAUAGAAGACAUAACUCGAACUUCUCGCUAGCUAGCAGAGGAAUAGUCUAAUCAUCUAAUUUAACUAGUAUGAAUUAACCAAUUGAUGAAUUUUCUGAACUAAGACUUGACUAAACAAACCGCAUAAGAGAAAAUUCGUUCAUCCCUAAUCAACAAAUGGAUGUAGAUAAUAUUUAAGGAUUCUAUUUAACCAAUGAAGAAAAUACUACUUUCGAAGAACAAUAAAACUUCAAACUCUAUUUUGCUCACAAUAAUCUGCAAAACGUAAUAAAUUAGUCAAAUAAGAAAUCCGUAAGCCCAUCAAAAAAUAACUUAAACACUAACUAAAAUAACAGGACUAAGCCUAAAAAAUCUAGCUACCUCAGAGUAGUCAGUGUAAAUAACAAAAAUUCUAACAAAGUUCUCAGCAACUAGCUGGAAGUUAAUCCAGCCUUACUUCCUUAUAAUAUAAACACAGAAAAAGAAUAACUAAAUGUUUGA